AUGUUGACUACACGCUCUUUUCUGACCUCAGCCAUCGCGCUGUUGGCCGCUUUACCAAAUGCUUUCGCGCAAGUUUCCACCGACUGUAACCCACUGAACACGACCGAUUGCCCUCCCGAUCCUGCGUUUGGCACAGACUUCAAUUUCCAAUUCAAUAAGACACCCGCUGAUGGAACAUGGGAUACCACUGCCGGCGAUGUGCUGUACACCCCGAACUUUGGCGCCAAGUUCCAAAUCAACAAGCAAGGCGAUAGUCCCACUAUCCGCAGCAGCUUCUACGUUUUCUGGGGCCGGUUCGAGAUCUGGAUGAAGGCUGCUUCUGGUACCGGAAUCAUUUCGUCCAUGAUGCUGCUUUCCGACGACCUGGAUGAAAUCGACUGGGAGUUCAUGGGCGGAAACUCUACUCAUGCUGAAACCAACUACUUCGGUAAGGGUGCGCAGGACUUCCACAACGCGAUCUACUAUCCUGUCAACAAUGGCGUGCAGGAUGACUAUCACAACUAUACAAUUGAUUGGACCAAGGACCGUCUCGAGUUCCACAUCGACGGCAGCUUGGUUCGCACCCUACUGCCAAAGGAGGCCAACAACUCACUAAACUACCCCCAGACCCCGAUGAGGUUGUCUCUUGGCAUAUGGGCAGGUGGCGACCCUACACUGCCCGAAGGGACUAGGCAAUGGGCUGGUGGUGACACCAACUACAACGAUGGCCCAUUCACCAUGUACGUUAGGAGCACGCGCAUCACCGACUACAGCAAGGCCAAGGAAUAUGUGUACGGUGACACAUCGGGCAGCUUUGAGAGCAUCAAGCUCGUCGACGAGGGAAAGAACUCCACUGUAGAAGAGGCCAUCAAUGCCCCACCGCCAGAGUCGAUCUCUGACAAAUUCAACAAUCUAUCGCCUACAGCCAAGUUGGCUAUCUACGCGUCAGCCGCCGGAGUCGGUGUGGUACUGCUGGCUUGGGCACUCUUCUAUUGCAUCCGCCAGCGCCGCCGCGGCGCUCGCGAAGCUGCUUUGGCUAUGAAGAAACAAGAGGAAGAGCGUCUGGAGCUUGAGCGCUUCAAGAUGGCCGGCAUCAACCCCGACAGUUUCGCUGAGCAGGGCAUCGAGUACAACGCCAAGGAAAUGGCACGCGAGGGCGUGAGCAGCAAGGACUCGUACAGCGUGCCAGCAAGCCCUAGCAAUGAGAAAUGGGAAACGGCCGCAGCGCUCGGCGCCGGUGCUGUCGGUGGCGGCGCAGUUGCCGCUAAUGUCCAGGCCCCAACAAUUCCCGCGGCCCGUACGCAGGUGCGGGAUACUCGCCCAUCAGCAACUCCCACGGUGAUAUGA